GCUGUACAUCCUGAACACACGCCUUCUGCUCCUCAAGUUUACGCGAAUCAACAACCCUACUAUCCUGUUGCUUACAAUCACAGAAAUCAAAGUUUCAACGUUUGCGAUGCUGAUUCAGAUGAUAGAUUCGGAGACAAUGGCAGUCCAUCCGGUAGUGACACGACAGAUGUAUCCCUCCAUUGGGGCUUACCAUCCGUCGCAGACAACACCAUCAGCGUCCAUGCAUCCGUCACAUCAAGAUUUACAGGCUCGUGGCAUGUACGGCCAAGGCUUUGGAUUUCCUCAACAGAUGUUCGCCUACCCUCAAUAUGCUCUACACGCCCACCCAGCAUACGCCUCACAACCUCCACCACAAUCUUACCCGCCUCUAUCGCCUCCAGGCUCGGCGAUUCUGAUGUCCCAACCAACGACUUCGGCUGUACAUUCGUCGCCCUCCCAGGCCAUCACCGCCAGCCCUCGAAUGAAGACCGAGCCAUCACACCUGNNAAACUUGAAUAUCCGCUCAUGAAGACCGAACCAAGUUACAUGCAAAGGCCCAUCGGCAAAGAAGGCUACAAAGGCAACAGACUUCACUAUGAGNNAAGUGAAUGUAAUGCUGUUGGUUGGGCGUUGGCACAUCUCAACCCAGCAUUAAGAGAGAAGCGAGGCCUUAUACAACGCGCUGUAGACAGCUGGCGUAACAGCAAUCAGGACCCUCGUUUGCGAAGCCGACGAGUACGAAGACAAGCUAAGAUCAACAAUCGAAAGGCACAACUACGCCAACCCGAUGGUGCGGUCCCAAUGUCUCCCACCGAUGUUCUUGCGUCGCGAGUACCACCAGCUAUGUCCAUGGACUCAGCAAGACCGACAACGUCACUCAGCCUAAAUGGUGGUCAGCUACAUCAUCACCACUCGACAUCAGAUGCUAGUGGAGGCGAGAGCGUACAUCCGUUCUUGAACCAUCAAAGCCCUUCCACCAGCCUCGCUCUUGAUUCUCCUCUCGAAUCUCGUCGUCGAGACAGUCAUUGUCCUACAUUGUCAACGUCCUAUUCUACCGGAUCUGAAUCAUCAACCACAAACAGUAAAAACUACAUCAAAGCAGAGGAAGAAAAGAAUCAGUCACUUUCCGCUCUCGUACCCGAAGGAAAGAAACGCAAGUUCAUCCUUGUCGACGAUCUUGCACGCGGAACUCGGGUGCGAGUCCAUGUGGAACUUGAUAACAUCAAAUUGGAAGAGAUGCCCGAUUUUCAUCUGCAGAAGAACAGCGUAUAUCCACGCCAAUUUUACCCUCGCCAAAUGCACGCACCGUCGCCUGGCCAAAAGCACCUGGAGAUAUAUGGCCUCAAAAGCAAAAGUGAAAAUGCAAGCAUGAUCUCGGAGGGCGAAAGCUUUGUCGAUGUGCCUUUGACCGAUGGUUCACAGGCACAACUAUAUGUUCCUGAAACCUCAAAGGAUCUUCAAGCAAAAGAAUGUGCGCUGAAUGAAUUGGGCUAUCGGAUGAGUUGGAGACAAGCAAAGACAUUUAACGAAAGAACAAUUUUCAUGCAGAAGUCGCUUGAUGCUUAUCGAGACAAGACAUGGAGUGCAAUAGUAGCCUCUGGUCAGAGCGACCCGUGUAUUGCCUCGGAUUUUGAGGUUCGAACAGGGAAACGCAGAUGGUCAGAGCGUAAUGCAGCUGGUAUGGUGUCACCU